AUGGGAAAAGCUAAGAAAGUUCGUGUUUCAAAGGGUGAUACUCUUCCAGCAAAAGUACCUCUAGCAGAUCAACUUGAAGGAGAUGGUAUUGUUAAAUCCAAAAAUCGUAAUAAAAUACGUUUCCGGGCUGAAGAAGAUGAGGAAUUUAUUAAUCCAAAAGUAUCCAGUAGAGUUAUUAAGUUAACAAAUCAGCAGCGAAAAGAAGAAGAAAGUGAAGAUGAAAAAAGUAACGAAGGAAAAAAAGCUCUGCUAACUCUUGACGAAGAUGAAGAAGAGUAUAAAAUGAGUGAUGAUGAACAAGUCACCGGGAAUGAAUACUACGAUGACAUUAAAAUCGACGAACAAGAUGAAAGAGCGCUGGAGUUGUUCAUGGACCGGGGUAGAGCACCGACUAGGACACUCGCCGACAUAAUCCUUGAGAAGUUAGAGGAGAAAAAAACGGAAAUCCAGUCCCAGUUUUCUGAAAUAGGCUCCAUACAGAUGGACGACAUGCACCCGCUUUUAAAAGAGUCUUUUGAAAAAAUGAAGCCAAUAUUAUCUGUGUACAGAAGCGGUGCAUUGCCGAAAUUAUUUAAGUUCAUACCUUCUAUGAAAAACUGGGAACAAGUACUUUACAUACUAGACCCGCCCAGCUGGACAGCCGCUGCUAUGUACCAAGCUACACGUAUCUUUGCUUCGAAUCUCAAGGAAAAUAUGGCGCAGAGGUUUUAUAACUUAGUUUUGCUUCCGCGUGUCAGAGAUGAUUUGGCAGAGUACAAACGUUUGAACUUCCAUUUGUAUCAAGCGGUCAGGAAGGCUUUGUAUAAACCCAGAGGGUUCAUGAAAGGCUUCCUCUUGCCGCUUUUGGAGUCCGGUGACUGCACUCUGAGAGAAGCUAUUAUCAUCGGAUCAAUAGUUGCUAAAAACUCGAUUCCUAUGUUGGAGUCAGCGGCUGCUCUGUUGAAAAUUGCGGAGAUGGGGUACACUGGAGCUAAUAGUAUUUUUAUUAGAAUAUUUUUGGAUAAAAAAUACGCUUUGCCCUACCGUCGUUACAAGAGUGACAUUAGUUCAGAGCAAAAAGAAGCGCUGUUGGAAUUAUUGAAGCGACAAUAUCAUCAUACACUUACUCCAGAAAUACGACGAGAGUUACAACACGCAAAGUGCCGCGAUGUUGAAGGUAUCGAGCCCAUGGAAGCGAAUUAA